AUGGUUUUCCUGCGCUUGACCGUGAAGGUCCUCCCUCGAGACCGAGUUCUCGAAGACGUAGGCUCGUCCACGGCCCCCAAUCCCAUCAGCAAUGGUGACAAGGAGAGCGUCACUGCUGUGAAAGGAGCUGCGCUAGAAAAAGUCAUUAUUUUUCAACUUCCUGUUCGUGACCCAGACUCAAUUACAUUGGGGGCUUUAGCGGGUUUGAUCCAAGAGAAAUGGAAACUUCUACGACCAAACGCUGGGCCUCUAGACAUCAAAAAGAUCCUCGACAGCGAAAAGCCCGAAGAAAACCUUACUAUUGAUCUCACCGUCGCAGACGUAUUCGUACAACAUGGGAAGGCGGCUUUGGACGGACAAGACCAGCAUGGGACUGUGCUCGUGAUUCAAAAACCCACUACGCAGCCCACAUUCGAACGUGAAGGCUCGGUUGUUCAGGAUUGGGCCGCAGCAGCAGCUGAGAGUUCUACAUCAUUCAGACAACAGAUUCAGUACUCGCGUCGUCCGCAGCCCAGCAUCAUGACCAUCUACGAAGAGGAGCCUCUUAAGAACUCGGUUAAGGAGUCAGUCGAGCAUGAUGGGAUUGAUGUUGAUGUUGAACGUGGCCAAACAAGGAGCACCCAGGAGAACCAGAGUACCCAGAAUGGGGUCAAAAACAUGCAGAUUGACGUUCACGAUCAUCAGAGCGAGGCUGAACCAAACAAGAGUGGCCUUGGACAAGAUGGCCCUAAAAGUCCUCCAACCUCUCAUAAUGAGUUUCUUCCCGCCGCCUCGGUCAACCCUGUGGAGCGCGAAGAGUCUGCAAAACCCAGUAUUCGUGACUUCUCUCAUGUUAGCCGCUCUCAGAAUGAUCAUCCCCACUACGUCCCCGUCAAUAUUGUUGAGCGCGCAAAGUCAGCAGACAACAAUCAUCGUGAGCCAUCGCCUGUUAGCACCUUGUCGAACUCUGAGGGCGGGAAUGUCGAAGGAUCUCCGCCACGUGAACGCCAGCCAAGCGAAGAGCUGGGUAUAUCCGCUCCAGAUCCGAGGCCGCCUUCACCGUUGAGGAAUGAGCGAAGACUUGAAGUUGUCGAAACGCCUAUUAAAAACUCUCUCAGACACGAGACAGUUGUCGAUGGUGUUCAAGCAGUCGAAAAUGAAGAACAACUGCCUUCGACCAUGGAUAUCGUCGCUACUCAAUCAUUCAGCGAGGAUGGCCGUCCCGACUUAGGAGAUAUGGGGAAUGGACGCGUUGCGGCAUCCGACGAUUAUAUUAUGACAGAGUCUUUUUCCUCUAUCGAUUCGCCGCUAGAGCCGUCUGAGGAACAACAACAUCGCCCCACUUUUGAAACUAAAGUGGUCCGUGAUUCUACAGCGAAGCGAAAGCCCAUGAGUCUCAAUGAGCCGUCACAAUUGGAGCUGACGACGGUGCCCUCCACGCCACCUUCUCGCAAACUAGCCCCGGCGGAGAGCAUGAAUUCUCCUUCUGGAGUAGGAUCCGUACGAGCUUUGCGAAUAUUUUCUAGUCCACCUAAACCUCUCGAAUUUCCUGAAGUCACUAAGAAUCGACCACAUGGCAGCAUGGGUUUAGGAAUCACCGGUAGCCCAAGCGCACCUUGCCGGCCAUCAUUACCUGCGUAUACUUCAGAGUCUGGCAAUGCACAUUCUCAGCGUUCAUGUAUACGGCCAGCAUUGCGCAAGGUUGAUAGUGGUCAGCUUAGAAGGCAUUCAGCAUCACUUGAUGAUGGUGAAAACGGGAGUCCACCGCCAAGCAAGAAGCGACGGAAAGUCAGAGCGUCUAUCGAAUCUGCUGCCCCAACGUCGACACCCAACAAGGUAAACUGUUCAUCGGAAAUGCAAAAAGAAGCUCUUGACAUGAGACAGGAGAAGUUGGAUAAAAAGAAUAGUGCUACUUUGCGCGCCCCCAAAUCACAAUCGACGGAAAGUGUUGCUAAUCAAAAAGGUUCUGGGAGGUCUUCUGGAGCAAACUUGGCGAAAGAUUCUUUCAAACAGAGCCCCCCUGCAGAAGAUUUGGCGACAUCAACAUUCAGGGAGUCCCUGGAAAGAGCCUUGGCAAGGAAGCAGCGUCGCACGACAAAGUCUUCCAAGAUACAGUCGACGCAACAUAGUGCUCGGGUCAAGGCUCCCGAAGCAAGAAAGUCCAAGGGCAAGGACACAGUCAAAAACCAGAAACCUCCUGCAGUUACUGAAAGUGACUCGAGUAGUGAAUCUGACAAUGUUGAUGCAGAGCUCUUCGGUAAUGCCCCAAAACCAGAGGCAAAGCGGGAAUCAAUCCGGAACUCUCAGCCUAGUGCCUGGGUGCCGACGAACAAUGGGUUUCCUUCUACCUUAGAUGAGGUCCGCGAAGCACGUCGGCGCAAUUGGGGACCCGAAUAUGCAUCGUCGAAAGCACCAAAAGUUGCGCCCACUAAAGACACGAGCGCUGGAAAGACGACUUUUAGGAAGAAAAACACAGUUACAUCCAAUCCCAAAAAAGACAUGUACGAAAUGACAUCUAGCGAGAAUGAGCGCGAUCAGGAAAGCAGCUCUGAAGACGAUAAUGGUGGCAUCCUGCCAAAUGGCAAGGCUCGAGGUAUGCAGUCACUCAGAUCCAAGGUGCAGCCUGUGAAAAGCUAGAGUGGAACACCCUUUCUCUCUUGUACCUUAGCAUGGAUUAUUGCUAUGCUGUCAUGAAAGUGUUGACUUCUAGGGCUGACGCAAGAUAUGUGAACUAGCAAUCGGGGAAAUUUGUAUGAUAUGUUGAU